AUGUUGAGAACCGCAACCAUUGUGCUAUUACUAUGCUUGGCAGGCAGUAUCUCGGCCUGGAACCAACAUGCCUCGUUCAGAAGGAAAAUGGUUCCAGUGGUCCCUCUGUCACUAAUGGGGAGAUCUUCUUCUAGGAUCCGGUGCUACGAGUCAAGAGCAGUGAGAACCCCGUCGUGGCCACCGGUACCGACCACCCAUGGCGGCAAUUCUCCCGUGAGACGCUUGGAUUAUGCUUUUCAAAUCCAAGCAACACCCGAAGAUUCCACACCAUCGCCAGAAUCAUCCGAGCCCCCAAAGAGCCUUUGGGGCCGCAUCAAGGGAUACUUUUCCCCAAAUCGGGAGGAUGAGAACAUGUCCUUUAAAGAACGAUUGGCAAAAAUGGGCGUUGCAACCGUACUGUCCUAUGGAAUGAUUUCCAAUCUUAGCUAUGCCUUGUUGGUCUCGCUGGCGUGGUAUACCUUUAGUGCCAAGACGCGGCUAAGUCCAUUGGCACCUGGACAAUGGAAGCCUUUCCUUGGUGUUUACGCUGGUUUCUGGGGACUUUCCAUUGCAAUAGCUCCUUCACUAGAUAGGCUGGUGCUACUCAUUCAGAACCGCCUUAAGAUUUCGAAACCCUUGGCCAUUGCCGUUACUGUGGGUGUAAUCAACGUCAUUGGCACUACGGUGUUCAUGAUUGCCGGCAUUGUACUUGCCUCCUUGUUAGCCGGGGUGCCGCUAAGGUGA